AUGUCGUGGAAACUCACCAAGAAACUCAAAGAGACCCAUUUGGGUCCCCUGACGAGCACAUUCUCCCGAUCCCCGUCAACAUCGACCAUCACAGAGAAGGAGGACAAGAGCCAGGGGCCCAUCUCUGGAACAGCGACUCCUACAAACGAGAGCACGAUUGCGGCCUCCGAAGCCCUCUCCCAAGCACCCGUUGUCAAGACACCCAAACCGGGCAUCCUCGUUAUUACCCUCCACGAAGGCCAAGGAUUCUCCCUCCCUGAGCAACACCGAAAUGCCUUCGCAUCGUCCCAUUCCGGUAGUUCUCUUUCUACGGGGAACGCCCUCAGCAUGGCGGGCUCUACUCGCCCCUCAUCCUCGUCUCGAACACCGGGAUUUAUGGGCAAUCGCCCCCAGACUUCGGGCGGAUUCAGCGGCAUCCCUACGAACCACGGCCGCAUCCCCACCAAGUAUAUGCCCUAUGCCCUGAUUGAUUUCGACAAAGUACAGGUCUUUGUCAACUCGGUCGAAGGCACCCCCGAGAACCCGCUCUGGGCCGGGUCCAACACACAAUAUAAGUUCGACGUUUCCCGCGUCACCGAGCUGGUCGUGCAUCUCUACAUGCGAAAUCCCAAUGCCCCACCGGGGUCCGGCCGCAGCCAAGACAUCUUUCUCGGCGUUGUUCGCAUCAACCCCCGGUUCGAGGAGAGACAGCCAUUCGUCGAAGAUCCCAAAGCCAGCAAGAAGGACCGUGAGAAGGCUGCCGCCGAACACGCCAGCCGGGAGCGCGCCCUGGGCCAUAGUGGUGUCGAGUGGGUCGACGUUCAGUACGGCACGGGCAAGCUCAAAAUUGGCGUCGAGUACGUCGAGAACCGGGCUGGCAAGCUAAAGAUUGAGGACUUUGAGCUGCUCAAGGUGGUUGGGAAGGGCAGUUUUGGCAAGGUCAUGCAGGUGCGCAAGAAGGACACGAACCGAAUUUACGCGCUCAAGACCAUCCGGAAAGCCCACAUCAUCUCGAGGUCCGAAGUGGCACACACUCUGGCGGAGCGGUCCGUGCUGGCCCAGAUCAACAACCCCUUCAUUGUGCCGCUUAAAUUCACCUUCCAGAGCCCAGAAAAGCUUUACUUUGUUCUGGCCUUUGUCAACGGCGGCGAGCUCUUUCACCACCUUCAAAAGGAGCAGCGAUUCGAUGUGAACCGCAGUAGGUUCUACACGGCCGAGCUGCUCUGCGCCCUCGAAUGCCUCCAUGGCUUCAACGUCAUCUACCGCGACCUGAAGCCCGAGAACAUCCUGCUCGACUACCAGGGCCACAUCGCCCUCUGCGACUUUGGUCUCUGCAAGCUCGACAUGAAGGACGAGGACCGCACCAACACGUUCUGCGGGACGCCCGAGUACCUGGCGCCGGAGCUGCUGAUGGGCAAUGGUUACAAUAAGACGGUCGACUGGUGGACGCUGGGCGUGCUGCUCUAUGAGAUGCUGACCGGCCUCCCGCCAUUCUACGACGAGAACACUAACGAGAUGUAUCGCAAGAUUCUCAGCGAGCCACUGCACUUCCCCGGUCACGAAAUUGUGCCGCCAGCAGCCAAGGACCUGUUGACGAAGCUGCUGAACCGCGACCCGCAGCAGCGUUUAGGGGCCAACGGGUCUGCAGAGAUUAAGGCGCACCCCUUCUUCCAUGCCAUCGACUGGCGGAAGCUCUUGCAGCGCAAGUAUGAGCCUGCGUUCAAACCGAGCGUGGCUGAUGCGCUCGACACGGCCAAUUUUGACCCCGAAUUCACCUCGGAGCCGCCACAAGACUCAUACGUCGAGGGGCCCAUGCUGUCCGAGACGCUGCAGAACCAGUUCACCGGGUUCAGCUACAACCGUCCUAUCGCAGGCCUCGGAGACGCUGGCGGCAGCGUGCGAGACCCGUCAUUCGUGGGCAGCAUUCAAGGCAGCCUGAGAUGA